GUGGAUCAGAGCCAGCAGAAUACGGGGACCGCCCGUGAAAUCGCAAAUCUGUGCUUGAAGGCUCAUGUCACGUUAUCUGAGCAUCUGCAGAGCGUAGAAAUCACGCCUACGUUAUUGGACAGUAUUCGACAAUUUGAAGCGGAUUUGAACGACUUCCAAAACACUGUGGAAGAGUACGAACAGAAGAUGUUAAUCGAUCAAACCCUCUAUUCUAAAUCGUACAACGAUGAAUUGCAACGCCUCGAGAAACGGGUUAACAGUACACUGUCGCUUUUCCAAAUCAAGAAGUUACUUUCGCUUGAAGAAACCUCCGCAAAGAUUUAUGCAUACCUACAGCGCAUUGAACAGAAUACUGUGGUGCUCAUGAAUCGCUCCGAACCUGCUCCAAAGCCAGAAGAACCACUGGUAGAUAUUGUGCGGCGAAGUCAUCUCACUCUCUGCAAAGAUAUUGUUCGUCGUCCAGGGUAUAGCUUUCAAAGAGCAGAGAUGCAUGGAAAGAUCGUUACCAUCAAAGUGUUCACAGGCUCUGAAGCAAAAUCGACGUGGGAAGCGUCAAAUGAGUUGGACUUGAAAGUUAUACACCCCAAUCUACCCCACCUUAUCGGAGUUUCAAGUUCUGAUGAGCGGGGGGCGUUGUUCUCGGUGUAUGAUCUCGAUAUCAAGUGCCGAUUGGAAGAUAUCAUCCUGCCAAGAUUGAUGAUGAUGGAUUCUGACGAUACUUUGCUAAAGAGAAUGUCUGAUGAGGUAGAGAGCGCAUGCAAGCAUUUGAAAGAACAAACUUGUUUGUUUGCUCUGUUUGAAGAAAUAUGCUUUGAUAUUUUUUAUGAUACCCGUGACCGAUUCGUUGUCUCGCUCCGUCUGGAAGAGUCAAAAGCCUUGGUCUCUCCUGCGGGUGAUAUCAAAAUGUCAUUAGAGUAA